GCAACAGAAAUACAAUUCUCCGUAGAAGAAAAUUGUUAGUUGUUAGAUCAGGCUCUCAGGCUCUCAGGCUCUCAGGCUCUCAGGCAUGGGUGGAGGUCAAGCCAUGAAAAGAAUCCCUCGCAUCAAGUUCCCCCAGAGACAUCCCAACCCCUCUGGAUCUGCACCUGGGACUCAAGCUUCGUCUUCAGCAACUGAUGCUAGUAUAACGUUCUUUUCAAGUUCAAAAGCCUCAACCUCACUUGGAGGGAAGGCCUCUCUUCAACCCAAAAGAACUCCCAUGUCCAAUGAGGAGAUUGAGGCAAUUUUGUUGGGCGGCUGCUUCUAAUCGAGUGUGUUUGAAGGCCAGACUAUAUCGUGCACUCAUUUUCUGUAGCUGUAAUUGAUCAUUUAUAAAUCAUCCAUGUUUGAUGGUUCUUAUUUGUUGCCGAGUGUUGGCAUAAACAAUAUACCGAUUUUAAUUGUCAAUAAUUGAUAUAUGCAUAGGAUUGAAAUUGUAAACCAUAUUAAUUUUUCCACAGAUGGAAAUCGAAUAUUGAUACUGGAGAAAUAAGUUUAAAGUUUUGCUUCUCGUGUUUUCA